CGUCGUAAAAAGCGCGUCAGGCUGCACCGUAAAAGGUAGAAGGUGCGCUGAAGCGCGCUUGAAUGGAAGAGGGAGACGGCCAGCGGCGGGGGGAGAGCAGGAGGGGAGGGGCAUGUUUCAAUUCUGCCCCUCCUCCUCCUCUUCGUUGGUAGAAAGGUCUUUCCCCUGCCCCCCCCCCCAACCCCCUGCCCCAACCAAGCCAUGCUGACCGCCGCUUGGUUGGUCAAAGGCAGCGCUUGGGGGUGGGGUCUUCUGCGGAGCGCGAGCCCAGGAUGGUGCUUGCGGGCCACCGUAGCAGCCGCCGGCGCGAGGAGCCGAGGAGGAGGCGGCGGCGGCGGCGGCGAGCCUCGGGAUGGCCCUCGAGCCGCGCUCGCGGCCUCUUCCAGCAGCCUCGCGGAGUGCCGCUCCCCGUCUUCCCCGGGCACGGGACGACGUCUGCUACUGCGCGUGCGCCCAGCCAGCCCUAAGCAUCUUCUAGGCACUGCAGCUUGGGCGCCCCCUUUCGGUUGCUCCUCCGGCGGAUCUGGGCAGCCUCACUGCUCGCGCGCCGGCUGCGGGGGAGCGCCUCGGCGCGCAGCGGAGUCCUCGGAACGACCCGAUGCCGGCAAAGCAGAGCAGAGAAAUGGAUUCGCUGAACUGUAUGAAAACCCUUGGACUGUCCCUAAUCUACUUUCAAUGGCAAGGAUUGGUUUGGCACCUAUUUUGGGCUAUUUGAUUAUUGAAGAAGAUUUUAACAUAGCACUGGGUGUGUUUGCCUUGGCUGGAAUAACAGACCUGUUGGAUGGCUUUAUUGCACGAAACUGGGCCAACCAGAAAUCUGCGUUGGGAAGUGCCUUGGAUCCUCUGGCUGAUAAAAUCCUUAUCAGUAUCCUAUAUAUUAGCCUGACAUGUGCAAAUCUUAUUCCAGUCCCUCUUACAUCAAUGAUAAUUCUAAGGGACAUUACAUUAAUUGCUGCUGUUUUCUAUGUUCGAUACAGAACCCUUCCUCCACCGAAGACGUUAAGUAGAUAUUUCAAUCCAUGUUAUGUCACUGCUCAGUUGAAGCCAACGUUCAUCAGCAAGGUGAAUACCGUAGUACAGCUCAUCUUAGUAGCAGCCUCUUUAGCUGCUCCAGUUUUCAAUUAUGUGGACAGUGUGUAUCUUCAGACCUUAUGGUGCAUCACAGCUUUCACAACAACGGCAUCUGCAUACAGUUACUACCAUUAUGGUCGAAAAACAGUUCAGGUUCUAAAUGACAAAUGAAGUUUUGCAGAAUGACUGCUCUCCUCUCAUUCAGGUUGUGUGGAGUUUAUGCAGAGACUCUGAAUGAUACCUUUGCCUCAGUGAAAACUAUGCCUUCACAACGUUAAAAUGAAGUUUUGAUCAUGUAAAUAAGCAGAACUUUCAGUGUAUUAUUAUUUCAAUCUAUUACAAAUAAAGAUUAUAAUUUUUUACUGUAUUGAACUUACAUAUAUAUAUAUAAAAGAUAAUUGUCUGAUAUUACUUGUUGAUUGCUGUCCAGAAAUUUGCACUUGGUGUGGGUCACUGUGCUGUUUCCUUUGGUGUAUCCCAAAUGAAACAGUUAUGUGAAAUAAUUGAUGCCAGCAGAAUUUAGUUGAGUUUUACUGUAUUUAAAAUGCGGUAUGAUCGAUGGUGCAACCUAUUACUAUAAUAAAUAAAUGUAAUCCAGCAGGCAGUAAAUUCUAUGGAAUAUAGGUACACUAUGAUCUUUAUAACUCUUCAUACACUUGUCUUCUGGUUUAAAUAUGGUUGCAAAUAGCCCUUUUAAGAUAAAACAUGGGUUACUUCUUUCUUAGUCUAAUAUUGGGGCAUACUCUAUUUAGGAAAGAGCUGCUUUAACUGUUCCAGUGAUGUGCUAACAUAGUUUGUUAAACUGUUUUGAAAGAUGACCAGUACGUAAAAUAAAUAUACAAGUAUGCAAAUGCAAAACAGAGAAUCAAAAUAAUUGAUUUUCCAAGACAGCUUUGUAAGGGGCUGAGAUCAAAAUGUUCUCUGAUUAGGGCCCGCAGAAUAAUUAAUGUUGAAAUAAGGGCAAAGCUUAUGUGACAAACUUAGUCAUCAGUUGUUCUAUGAAACAGAUGAUUUGAUUGUGGUUUCUUAGUUCUGCUUGUACUGUAAGCCUCUGGAGAUUGUCCUGGCCUAUUUUACAGGCUUUUUAAUAAGGAAUAUAACAAAAUGAGUACAUCUAUCAUUUUGUAAAGAUUUUCAUAAGGCUAAUAGGAGAAAUGGACCUAUCUAUGGGCAAUCUUUUGUCUCAAUUCAUCAAACUAUUUUAAGACUGUAGAAAAGGUGAAACUGUAGGAAAGAUGAAAGAUUGAUACAAUCUAUUUUAAGACUAUAGCAACUUUUCUAAUGCAUUAUUUGUCAGCGGAAGGGAAAAUAUGGCUUUGAAUAAAUGUAAACUAUACCGCAGAUUUCUUUGGAAAAGUUUUAUGCAAGUACUAACAUUUCUUAUCAGUAUGGUAAGCAGGUACCAUUAUCUGGGAGCUAUCUUUUGCCAUAAUACCAGACAGCUAAGGAAGUGCGUAUUAAAAAUAAAACAAGGAAGGUCCUUCUUUGAUCCGGCUGACAUGAAUAAGAUGUUGAGAUUUCUGUGAGAAAAAGUUUGCAAAUGUGCAUGUUAAUGAUUAAGAGCUGCAAAUAUCAAAUGUGAUAUUUGCUAAAACAUAGGAAGUUGGGACAAGAGUCUUAAGCUACUGUACAUGUGAUAUUUUGCCCAUUUGAUUAAGUACAGGAAUCAAAACAAAGGAUAACAAUUAUGUAUAUUUAGCUCCAGUUUCCACAAUAGCAGAAUUUAGGCUAUUUUUUUUUAAAUGACCUAUUUGAGAUGUUACAGAAUUGGAUCAGACACACUUAAGUACAUGCAAACAAAUAAUGUUUCAUAGGUGAUAAGCAAUUACCUGAAUAUAAAAAUACUUGCUAGGCUGAAAAUGAAUGUGAAAAUAUUGCGUUAAAUAACUCAGUAGAAAUGGUUUUACUUUAGAAAUGAAGGGAAAGAGUUAAAAUGGUAGGGAUAUUCUAUGCAUUAUAGGAUAUUUUCAAAAUACGUUUUAUACAUCUAAAUUUUAUAAAGUUUGUAUGCUGAAAAUAUUUUUGAUAGUUUAUACAAAAUCAGGCUGCUGCAAUCUGAAUGUAUUGCAGCAUAUAACGUUUCCCCCCCCUAUUUCGUUAAGACAAAAUAGGCAAUUUGCUACACAGCCACAGAAUAUGCUCUUUCAACCAGGUAAGCAUAAAUGUUGCCAAUGCCAAAAUGCAAGAAGUUUGAAAAUGAACGGUAUGCAUGUUUGUCUGCAGUCAUUGCCUUUGCACUUUCAAAAUAAAUCCUUUAAACAACUUCA